UGAGGAAGAGGAGGAAGAUGAAGAUGUGUGUUGUGCUGUUCACCUUGUGGGCAGUGGUCAGUAUCCGGUCAGUGUGGGGUGACUGUAAGGCUGAUCUGAAGAAUCAUCAUGUAAUUUUAACUAUUCCUGGAGAUAACGUCGGCCACUGCUCCGGAGUUCUGCUGAGUAAAGACUGGAUCAUCAGUGCGGCUCAGUGUAAAGAAAAAAAUCUGGAGGUGAUUAUUGAUCACAGUCCUCAGAAGACUGGAGACAGACGGAAGAUCCAGAAGACAGAGAUCUUUAAAAACAGCAAAGGAGAACAUGACAUCAUGCUGCUGAAGAUCGAUAAAGAAGCCCCAGCUACCCUCCCCCGAGUCGCACUUCCUGACCUCAAAACCUGCAAAGCUCCAGCCAAUCAGGCAGCGGUGCAGUUCUUCGCCUGGACUGGAGCAAGUUUUAACUUUACUCUCAACAGGGUGGUUCCUGAGAAGCUGCAGUGUGGGUCGGUGAAGGUUGCUGAUUGUGGAAGCAGCUCCAGAUAUAAAGACGAUGAGGAGAUGAAGGUUUACGGCCACCAAUCACUGCUGUGCACAAAACACCCGUCAGACGCCUGCGACUUGUUUUCAGGUGCGGCUCUGGUGAGUGCUGGUAAACUGCACGGGGUUCUGGUGAACUCGGAUAUUUACUGUGAGAACUCGUUAGAGUUCAUUAAUAUCUGUGAUGGUGAAUACAGGAAGUGGAUCCUGGACACCACUCGUCUGUAGAUCAGUUAAAGCUGUCCUGCUUUAAAAAAUGAAUAAAAAUGUUCAUUGCAGAGUUAAUCUGAGUUAAUCUGAGUUAAUCUGAGUUUACUGUUCCUCUUCUGUUUCUGAUUUAAUGAUUACAUUGUCAAAAGGAAGUAUAUUUAAGAGCAUUAAAAGUAUGUUAGUAUAAGUGA